CUUUAUUUUCGUUUGUUUUUCUGAAUUUUUCAAACUAAAAAGCCGUUCGUUCCAUCGUCAGCCAUGAACAUUAUCAUUCCUAUGGGUGGCAUUGGCUCCCGCUUUGAGCGCGCCAACUACCGCUUCCCGAAGCCGCUGAUCAACAUGGUUGGCCACCCGAUGCUGUUCUGGCUGCUGGACAAGCUGAGCAUUGACGUUGCCGGCGGGGACAAGGUCUGGAUGGCCGUGAUGAACUCUCUGGACGAGUCCUUCCACUUCACCAAGCGCAUCCACAAGCAGUACCCCAAGUGGAAGGCUGCCAACGCUGUCGAGGUCGUCACGCUCGACUUUGAGACGCGCGGCGCUGCAGAGACCGUCUUCAUUGUGCUCCAGCAUAUGAGCCCGGCCGACCUCGCGCGCCCGACCAUCUGCCUCGACUGCGACACGCUCUACUUUAGCGACGUGCUGGCCGACUUCCGCAGGCUCAACGGCGCCGCCGCCGGUAAUGGUAGUGGUGGUGGUGCGCAGCAGCAGCAGGGCGUCAACGCGUCCUUCUACUUUGAGGACAAGGUCGGGAAGCCCGUCUUCAGCUACAUUGCCCUCGACGACGACAAGCGCAUCACGGACAUCAAGGAGAAGGUGGCAAUCUCGCGCUGGGCAAACACGGGCGCGUACGGAUUUGCGAGCGGCGCCGUGCUGAAAAAGUACUGCAUCAAGCAGCUCGACACGUCCGUCGACGCGACCGGCGAGUACUACACCUCGUCCAUCAUCAAGCUCAUGCUCGACAACAAGGAGGACUUCAGGGGCAUUUUUGUGCCGGAUUUCGCCUGCGUCGGCACGCCCGCCCAGCUCGCAGACUUUCUGAUCUUGGUCCGCGAGGGCCUCUACCAGUGCCCGCGCAAGAUGAAGUUUUGCUUUGACCUCGACAACACGCUCGUCACCUACCCCUUGAUUGAAGGAGACUACACGAGCUGCCAGCCCAUGCCCAAGAACAUUCAGCUGCUGCGCGAGCUCAAGGCCGCUGGCCACUACAUUAUCAUUGCCACCGCUCGCCGCAUGAAGACGCACAAGGGCAACAUUGGCGCCGUCAUCAACGACAUUGGUGCCCUCACCCUCAACCAGCUCAAGCAGUUUGGCAUCCCCAGCGACGAGGUGCACUUUGGCAAGCCCCACGCCGACGUCUAUGUCGACGAUCUCGCCGUCAAUGCGCACACUGACACGGAGAAGGACAUUGGCUGGGCGCUCGCCUCGCCCGGCGGCCUCAACAGCCAAGCCGGCCUCGUGACGGCGGCUGUCCCUGCGUACCGCCUCAACAACAUCGUUCAGCCCCGCAGCUUUAACAAGCUGACCUUCCACGACACGGCCGUGCUCAAGGCGUCCCACCCGGACUUUAUCUCGGGUGAGCGCUUCUUCUACGAGCACAUUCCCGCCGACCUCGCGUCGAGCUUCCCCAAGCUGCUCGAGGUGCAGACCGACUCGGAUUCUCACGUUGUCACGCUCAAGCUCGAGUAUGUCAAGGCAGCCACGUACUCGCAUCUGUCGGUCAACCGCUGCGUGACGGAGGGCCGUCUGCUCAAGCUGCUCAAGACGCUGCGCGCGCUCCACUCGUCUGCCGGCGCUCCCGAAGGCCGUCCCGCCCCGAACACGCUUGAUCUGUACUGCUACACGUCUGCCGCCAAGCUCCGCGCCACCCAGACCAAGCACAGCGAGCUUUGGGCGACGCUUGCCGGCAAGAACGUUGUGGAUGCCAUGUUUGACAAGGUUGCCGCCGCCCAGGAGGCCUAUCAGGCCGGCAAGCACGCUGCCUAUGCGCAUGUUGUUCACGGCGACCCCGUCUUCUCGAACGUCCUGCUCAAGUCUGACGGCACCCUCAUCCUGAUUGACAUGCGCGGCCAGCUCGGCGCGACCCUGACGCUGCAGGGCGACAGCAACGCGGAUCUUGCCAAGGUCUACCAGUGCCUGUGGGGCUACGACUUUUGCUUCCUUGGCCACGACGUUACCGCCGGCGACGAGAGCACCUUGGCCGACCUUCGCCAAAUCUUCCUCGCCUACGUCAAGGAGCACUACCCGACCGCCGCCGACGAGCGCGCGCUGGCUCAUCUCGCCGCCUUCAACAUGCUCCAGACCAUUCCUCAGCACACCGAGCUUGCGCACCAGCGGGCUCUCUUUGAGCGCGCCUGUACUAUUAUUGCUCACGCUGCCACUCUUUAAAUUAACGCGCGAGUUCCAGUUGUUUUUGUUGGUUUGUGUUUUUUGAGUUAGGAUUUUUCUCUCUCUCUCUCUGUCUUGUUUGUAGUGUUUUUCUACUUGUUUGUUGCAUGCGCUUUUAGCCCAUUUGGUGUUGUGCACGCGUGUGCGAGAGUUUGGUAAACUCAGUGUCUCAAUUCAGUCGAACAAAAGGUAUCAACCAUUGCACCAUAGAAAUCUACUGCUGUAGACAGAAGAAAAGCC